GACGCGCAUGACAGCCGUUGUAAAACUCAAGACGACAGUAAAUACCAAAGAGAAGCAGGCGGUGCGUCAACAAACACACGUAUCUGUCAGACUCCGAGCAGGAGUUAUUGAUUAUCGAUCAGCACGGAGAGAAACUCACCUGUACAAACGUCAUGCCGAGCUCGCAUUAGCAGUUUGCAGUUGAAACAGACGCUGGAUUCUGGACCGCUUCGCUUUUCACCGCCUUGGCACUUAACAUAUGCUUUUACAUGAGGAGGGCCGAGAAACCCGAGGGAUACAGACAAAUGCGACCCAAGACGUUCCCUGCCAGCAACAACAGCGGCAACAGUCAGCAAAUGCUGCAGGAGAUCCGAGAGAGCCUGCGAAACCUCUCCCCGUCCUCCAAUGCGUCCAAGCCGGAGCAGAGCUCAGGGAAGGGCCCGCCGGAUGAGUCCAGACAGCAAGGGCGCAGCACCAACCCCAGAAACUCCCACCACCACAGAGCCCUGCAGGAGAUCCGCAAAUCCCUGCAGCCGUUUGCCCACGACAGCUCCUCCAGCGGAGACAACAGCUCCGCAGACAGCAGCAAACACACACUCCAGACGCAGGAGCCCGGCUUUGAUGAGGAGCUGAUGGUCAACAGGAUAAACUUCCAGGAGGCUGUGAGGGAGCAGAUCCCUUCGGCACGUCCUGUGAACACGGCCAUAAAACAAGCGGGUCCACCCCAAAUUCAACAGCCAUUGUUGCGGCGGCAAAGCUGGAAGGGUUCAAAAGAGUCUCUGGCCCCACAGCGACACAGCGCUUUAAUUAAUGAUGUCCUCAUUUAUCGCCCCAGCAGCCCCGGGCCUCAAAGUGACCUCUCUCGGCCUGCCACCUUCCCUCAAAAUCUGGCAUCUGCCUCCAGCGGCCAGCGAGUGAACGCUCCCCUGUCCCGGCAGGUGCGCAGCAUCACUCCUCCUCCGUCUUCAUGGGACUCCAAUCCCUCAACCAAGCGCUAUUCUGGGAACUUGGAUUACCUGGUGCCCCGGAUCUCCCCAGUGCCCCAAGGCCCUCGAGGUGAUGGCUAUAUAAAUCCUCAGUCCCAAAAUCAGCGCGGGCUCAGCCCGGUGCCGGUGGGUCGGCAGCCCAUCAUCAUGCAGAACUCUAACAGCAACAAGUUUAACUUCCCACCAUCCUGGCCUCAGAACGGCAGCAUGCAAAACGAAUACAUGGGCAUGAACAGUGGUGCCCGGCAGCCACCGCCACCUCCCUAUUCCAUGCACCAAACCAACAGGCAGAGCCCCACAGCCCAGCAGAUGCAGUCCAGCGCUCUUACUGCACCUCCAAACGGAGCCAGCCUCCCUCAGAGCAUGCUGGUGCCCAACCGCAACAGCCACAACCUGGACAUGUACAACCUUGGAGUAAUACGGCCGCCAGUGCAGCAGGCUCAGACGCCCCCCGGCCAGGACACCUCCUCAUCAUGGACGCACAGCGUCCCAGGACGCUCCAACUCUUUCACAAGUGCACCAAACAAUCGACGCCAGUGUCCCAACUCACAGCUCUCUGCCACCACAGUCACCACAGUAACCCAGGCGCCCAUCUUGCAGCCUGUCAAGAGCAUGCGUGUGCAGAAGCCGGAGCUGCACACCGCUGUGGCCCCUGCGCACCCGCCCUGGCUGCAGCCACCUCCGCCCACUGCUUACCAAGAGCCGCCCACGCCCCCCGCACCCGCUGCUGAAGUCCCGAGCUACCAGGGCCCACCGCCUCCCUAUCCCAAACACCUGCUCCAGCAGCAGCAGCCGCCACCAGGGUACGACUCCAGCCCCGCACUAAAGCCCUGCAGUAAAGAAGGGGACGCGGCAGACAACGAAAACGACACAGACAGCACCUGCUCCAGCGAGAGGGCCGAGGGCUCGGAGGAAGAGAAGAAGCAGAUCACGACGUCCCCGGUGCCGGUGCGCCGUCACAAACGAGACGAGGAACGCAAGGGCGAAAGCAGACUUCCCAUGUACUCUCCGCAGGCCUUCAAGUUCUUCAUGGAGCAGCACGUGGAGAACAUCCUGAAGAACCACCAGCAGAGGAUGCGCAGGAAGAAGCAGCUGGAGAGCGAGAUGCAGCGGGUGGGACUCUCGGGCGACGCACAGGAGCAGAUGCGCAUGAUGCUGAGCCAGAAGGAGUCCAACUACAUCCGCCUCAAGCGCGCCAAAAUGGACAAAUGCAUGUUCGAGAAGAUCAAGACUCUGGGAAUCGGGGCGUUUGGAGAAGUGUGUUUGGCUCGGAAAGUGGACACUGGAGCUCUGUACGCCAUGAAGACCCUCCGUAAAAAAGACGUGUUGUUAAGGAACCAGGUAGCCCACGUGAAAGCCGAGCGGGAUAUUCUCGCUGAAGCGGAUAACGAGUGGGUCGUCCGCUUGUACUACUCUUUCCAGGAUAAAGAUAACUUGUACUUUGUCAUGGACUACAUCCCUGGAGGAGACAUGAUGAGUCUUCUGAUCCGAAUGGGCAUUUUUCAGGAGGACUUGGCUCAGUUUUACAUCGCAGAGCUCAUCUGUGCUGUGGAAAGCGUCCACAAAAUGGGUUUCAUCCAUCGAGACAUCAAACCUGACAACAUCCUGAUCGACCGUGAUGGACACAUCAAACUGACAGACUUCGGCCUCUGCACUGGAUUCAGAUGGACUCACGACUCGAAAUACUACCAAAGCGGUGAUCAUGUGCGUCAGGACAGCAUGGACUUCAGUAUGGAGUGGGAAGAUUCUGCAAACUGCCGCUGCGGGGAUCGCCUGAAGCCCCUGGAGCGCAGAGCGGCUAGACAACACCAGCGCUGCCUGGCACACUCUCUAGUGGGAACGCCCAAUUACAUCGCACCCGAGGUUCUGCUGCGCACCGGCUACACGCAGCUGUGUGAUUGGUGGAGUGUUGGCGUUAUCCUCUAUGAGAUGGUCGUCGGUCAGCCUCCGUUUCUGGCCACAACUCCUCUGGAGACGCAGAUGAAGGUGAUCCGCUGGCAGACGUCACUCCACAUCCCACUGCAGGCCAAGCUCAGCCCGGAGGCCACAGACCUGAUCCUGAAGCUGUGCCGUGGCCCGGAUGACCGGCUGGGCAGAAACGGAGCCGAUGAGAUCAAAGCACAGCCCUUCUUCAGGACUAUCGACUUCUCCAAGGACCUGCGGCAGCAACAUCAAGCCCCCUACAUCCCCAAAAUCACACACUCCACCGACACCUCCAACUUCGACCCAGUGGACCCGGACAAACUGUGGAGCGAGGACGCGGACGGAAACCACAACGACACGCUCACCCGCUGGUUCAAGAACGGCAAGCACCCCGAGCACGCCUUCUACGAGUUCACCUUCCGCCGCUUUUUCGACGACAACGGCCACCCGUACAGCUGCCCCAAGCCCAUCGAGAGCGAGGAGGAGGACGAGGACGAAGACUACGUGGAAGAGGACGAGCCGUCGCAGCGGCCGAUGGAGCAGAGCCGAGAUCUUGUGUAUGUGUAGUGGGCACACUAGAACACAUUCCCUCCACAUUGAAGGGAUAGUUCACACUCAAAUUACAAUUCUGUCAUUGUUUACUCAUCCUUUACUUGUUCCCAACCUGUCUGAGUUUCUUUAUUCUGAUGAACGCAAAAGGCUGGAACGCUGGUAAACAUUGAUUUCCUUGGUGUUUAGUUUAGUAUUUCUUCUAUUAUAGUACAAUACAAUUUUAAAGUAUUACAGUACUAUGGAAGUCAGUGGUCAUAAUACAACUAUGGAAGUCGAUGGUUUGUUUUAUACUGCUAUAAAAGGCGAUGGUUAUUAUACUACUAUGGAAGUCGACGGUUUAUAUAAUGCUACUAUGGAAGUCAAUAGUAAUUGUACCACAAUCGAAGUCGAUGGUUAUUACACUAGUUUCUAAGUCGAUGGUUUGUUUUUUACUACUAUAAAAGGCAGUGAUUAUUUUACUACAAUUGAAGUCGAUGGUUAUUAUCUUGCUAUUAAAGUCAAUAGUUUGUAUUGUACUACUUUGGAAGUCGAUGGUUGGUAUAAUACUAUGGAAGUCAAUGCUAAUUAUACUACAUUUGAAGUCGAUGGUUAUUACACUACUCUCUAAGUCGAUAGUUUGUUUUACACUACUAUAAAAGGCGAUGGUUAUAUUACAAUUGAAGGCGAUGUUUAUUAUACUGCUAUUGACGUCGAUAGUUUGUAUUAUACUACUAUGGAAGUCGAUGGUUUAUAUAAUACUACCAUGAAAGUCGAUGGUUAGUAUAAUACUAUAAAAGUCAAAGGUAAUUACACUACAAUUGAAGUCGAUGGUUAUUAAACUACUUUUUAAGUCGAUGGUUUGUUUUAUACUACUAUAAAAGGCGAUGGUUAUUAUAGUACAAUUAAAGUCGAUGGUUAUUAUACUGCUAUUGACGUUGAUAGUUUGUAUUAUUCUACUAUGAAAGUCGAUGGUUUAUAUAAAACUACUAUAAAAGUCGAUGGUCAGUAUAAUACUAUGGAAGUCAAUAAUAAUUAUACCACAAUCGAAGUCGAUGGUUAUUACACUACUCUCUAAGUCGAUGUUUUGUUUUGUACUACUAUAAAAGGCAAUUGGUUAUACCACAAUUGAAGUCAAUCGUUAUUAAACUGCUAUUGACGUUGAUGGUUUAUAUAAUGCUAUGGUUAGUAUAAUACUAUGGAAGUCAAUAGCAAUUAUACCACAAUCGAAGUCGAUGGUUAUUACACUACUCUCUAAGUCGAUGGUUUGUUUUGCACUACUAUAAAAGGCGAUGGUUAUUAUACUACAAAUGAAGUCGAUAGUUUGUAUAAUACUACUAUGGAAGUCGAUGGUUUAUAUAAUACUACUAUGGAAGUCAAUGGUAAUUUAUACUACACUUGAAGUAGCUAGUUAUUACACUACUUUCCAAGUCGAUGGUUUGUUUUACACUACUAUAAAAGGCGAUGGUUAUUAUACUACAAUUGAAGUCGAUGGUUAUUAUACUGCUAUUGACGUCGAUAGUUUCUAUUAUACUACUAUGGAAGUCGAUGGUUUAUAUAAUACUACUAUGGAAGUCAAUACUAAUUAUACUACAAUUGAAGUAGCUAGUUAUUACACUACUUUCUAAGUCGGUGGUUUGUUUUGUACAACUAUAAAAGACGAUGGUUAUUAUACUACAAUUGAAGUCGAUAGUUAUACUGCUAUUGACGUUGAUUGUUUAUAAUACUACUUUAGAAGUCAAUGGUUCGUAUAUUACUAUGGAAGUUGAUAGUAAUUAUACUACAAUCGAAGUUGAUGAUUAUUACACAACUUUCUAAGUUAAUAGUUUGCUUUAUACUACUAUAAAAGGCGCUGAUUGUUGAUUAUUAUACUGCUAAUGGCAUGCGUAGUUCGAUAUGACAUUAUUAUGGAAGUCAGUGAUUUGUAUCGUACUACUAUCGACAUCAAUUGUUUGUAUUUUACUAGGUUGGAAACCGAUGGUUUGUAUUAUAUGAUUAUCAAAGUCAAUAGUUAUAAUACUAUAAAAGUCGAUAGUUAUUAUACUACUAUAAAAGUCGAUGAUUUGUAUUAAACUAUUAUAAAAGCUAAUGGUGUGCGUUAUAAUUCUAUUUAAGUCAAUGGUAUGUCUUCCAUUGUGUUGUAGUUAAUAUUAUUUCAUACUACUAUUGUAGGCAGUGGUUGCAGGCUUUCAGCUUUCUUCCAAAUAUUUCAACAGAAGAGAGAAACUCUUGAACCACUCGAGGAAAAGUAAAUAGUGUAAAUUAAUUUUUUGAGUGAACUAUCCCUUUUAAAGGGAGAAAUUAAAUUUUAAGUAAAAAUUACAAGUAAAGCCUGUUGUUUUAAGAGCAGUCGUAUCAGCGUUGCAGCUGUUUACAUGAGCAUUUCUCAUUAAUGUUAUUUAAAAUAAAUGAAAUUAAUUUAAAUUCUCAUGAGAAAUUCGAUGGUUUUAUUGGCUCUUAAAGGGAUAGUCAACCUAAAAACGAAAAUCUCAUCAUUCACUGACACUCAAGUGCUUAUAAACACUUAUGAGUUUCUUCUGUUAUAAACGAAACAACAUAUUCUGAAGGAUGUUCAACAUCCAUUAACAUCCACAGUAGAAAUAAAAAAAUACUAUAGAAGUCAAUGAAGGCAGCUUCCUUUGGUUUAUCUUCAUUUGUGCUCAACAGAAGACCGAAACUCAGACAUUUAGUGAUUAAAUGAUGGCAGAAUUGUCUUUUUUUGGUGAACUGUCUCUUUAAAAUAGGCUUGACUCUUGAUUUGUGCUAAAUAUGAUUUCUUCUUUUGAUUUUUGGGGUGUAAUCAUGCAUGUUUUCAUGAGACGGACCCUUGUAGGAUGUGUGUGUGGUGUUUUUAAAUGUGUGUGUGUGUGUGUGUGUGUGGUGGUCAUCUCUCUUCCAUCUACAGUGGGGACUGGUUGAGUCUGCUUGACACUCUGUGCUGUAUUUAUUAUGUGUGUUGUUUUGGUCAGGACGCACUUGUCUGGUGCCUUUUUAAACCGUGGAGCUCUUGUGUUUGUACUCUUUAAUUUAUUUAAAGACUCUUUAAAAACUUUUUUUUUGUAAUGGUAGCUGAAACGAGUAUUUUUCCUCCUCAAAUGAUGUCUUAUUUAUGAUCGUGUGGAUCUGUUUCUCAUUCUGAGCAGCCUGGGGACUUUUCAUUUGUACUUUCACCAAAACUAUGAGGGAGAUCACGCUCUGCUACAUCUAGCUGGACGUUCAUCGUUCAGUUUUUUUUAGAGAGGACACUGUGUGUAUUGUGCACUGUGUAUUUUUAUUCACACACACGGUAAUUGUAUAUAUAAGUUAUGCAGUGUAAAUUUGUAUCAUUCCCCCUGUUUUUAGUCCUGAAGGUGUAGAAAUGAAAAUAAGGCUCGCUUCAUGUUCCAGUGCACAGGAUAUGAUGUCAAACAUAUCACGUCGCAUACAUUUAUGCAAGUCAGAUGCAUUUGAGAAGCCCUGGUUCUGGUUUCUCUCCUAAUUCUAAAGAGAUCUUACUCCGUUCCUACCAAAGCCUCCAGGUUUUUUGGCCGGAUCAGUCAUGACUUUGGAUUAUCAUUAUUUUUUAAUGUCACCGAACUCUCCUUAAGGUCCGGCGCAUCUCGGAUGAAGUAAGGAACUUCUCUUCUUUGAUUAAACUGGUGGUUUAUUCCCAGGAAAAGCAUCUGUAGCUGUAGUGUAAAUUUGCAUUGGAUGGGAGAAAGGAUUGGGGUGGUGAUAAAUAAAGUCUUAAGCACAAAACAC